AUCUGUUUCCGUGAAGCUCUUUUCAAAAUUAACAGAGACCCAUUACAUCUGUUAUCACUCUCUACAAACCCAUUUCAGCGUUCUCUAAUCCGUGGACAAUGACUUCAAAUUCCCAACUAUUGGGCAAAUGAACACCAACAAUGACGACAUGGACAUGGAAAUGGAGCUUCCUGAGGGAAACCCAGUUCACAAGGUUGGAGAAGAGAAGGAAAUUGGAAAUGAUAGGUUGAAGAAGAAGCAUAUCAAGGAAGGUGAAAGUUGGGACACUCCUACCAAAGGCGACGAGGUCGAAGUUCGUUGCAUUGGUACUUUGCUUGAUGGCACCCAGUUCAAUUCAAGUUUUAGAGAUUCAUUACAUAUCAGAUUUCAAAAACCCAAAAUUUGAAGCAAAAUACAUAGAUUUGUUGUUAGAUUUACAAAUCUGUUGUAUAGAUUUACUUUUUAAAUAACAAAACGUCAGGAAAAAAAUUUGUCUCUCAAUGAGGCACCGACAGAGGAGAGCAGAGAGAGAGAGAGAGAGAGAGAGAGAGAGAUACCUUGGUUGCUGUUCAUGAACGAAGGAGAAAUCAUUGAAUCAGUAGUUAUUAUUCUACAUUACGGGAUUUGCAAUUUUUGUGUUCGAAUUUCAGGAGGUAAAAUAUUAUUGUCAAUUUAAAAAUUAAAUAGGGCAAUACUCUUACGCGCCAUUUCUCAAAAUAAGCCCAACUAUUAACCUAUUUUCUAAAUUGAGUCUAGUUUGAUCAAAAUUUUCAAAACAAGCUUAAACGUUAUUCUAAAAUACGCUU